AUGGCUUCAUUUUCACCUAUUUUCUUCUUGUUCUUGGCUGUUUUUACUUUCACAAGCGUUGUCUCCACUGAAGAAUACCAAGUUGGUGGUGUUGUCGGCUGGCGUAUCCCAGCCACCAACGAGUCCGAACUCUACACUGUUUGGGCUUCUCGACGUCGCUUCCACAUUGGCGAUUCCCUCCGAUUUGCUUACAAAAAUGAUUCGGUUGUGGUGGUUGAAAAAUGGGGCUACUACCAUUGCGAUUCAAGUCAUCCGAUUGCUUUCUACAAUGACGGCAACACCGUUGUCACACUUGACAAAGUGGGCAAAAUCUAUUUCAUUAGUGGCGAUGCGCAUCGUUGCAAACAAGGUGUUAAUAUGAUCUUGGAGGUCAUUAAUCCAGGGCCGGUUCGCUACUUUCCACCCACCAUUGCGAAUCCACCAGAUGUUACUUACUCCGGAAUGGCUCCAGGGCCGUCUCAGUUUGUGAGUUCAGGUGGUCCACCCGAGUCUAGCCCGGGACCUUCUUCAUCGGAUGCAGUGAGAUGCUUUUCGGUUUCUGUUAUUGUAGUAGGUAUUUUUGUUGGUCUAGGGUUGUCUUUGUUGAAUUUUUAG